AUGGGUCUCGGCGGAGUGCUACAUGCCCAACGGGCUCGACCGGAACAAGAACAAGGACGACGAGAGCCACGACUACCAGCCGUGCAACAACUCGACGGGCGGGGGGCGAGCAUGUGCUGCAACGUCGGCACGGGGGACGUCUGCCGCGAUAACGGGCUCUGCUUCAACCCGAGCGUGGAGCACCUGUGGCGGGAGAGCUGUACGGAUCCCACCUGGAAGGACCCGGCGUGCGUGAAGCUGUGCCACCGCGAUAUCCUUAACGCACAGGGUAUUUUGAUGAGCGGUACGGAUAUGCGCAUCACAGUGUGCUCCGACGGAAGUCUCUGCUGCGGGGAUAAAGAGGCGUCGACAGAGUGUUGCCGCGAAAAGAGCGGAUUCCUCAUCGUGGACGGCGAGGUCGUCGCCGCGUCACAACCCAGCUCGACGACCGGCACGCAAACCACCGCUCGAUCGACCUCAUCCACAUCAACGUCCACAUCUUCCUCCGACGACCCCGAGUCCGACGAUCCCGAGGCAUCGAACACGGGAAACGACGAUGGAUCCUCGGGUCCUAAUAAAGCCGUCAUCAUCGGGGCCGUCCUCGGCUCCGUGUUUGGCGUGGCGCUCAUCGCCGCGGCGUGGGUGCUGUACCGGCGGUCGCAGCGGCGAGGGCCCUCGCCGCCGGUUACUGGAGGAGGUGUUAUGGAUGCCGCGCCGGAAUACAAGGCCGUUUCGCCGCCUCCGGUCGAGCUGGAAACGGAGCACAACUACUAUCGAUACGAGCUGGGCGGGGAACGGAGGUAUUGA